CUUUCCACAUCAAUCAUCCCCGGCUGUUUUCAGCUCUUUCAGCCUGACCAUGGCAACACGCGGGCCUAGGCCACGUUCUGGUUUCUCUCACUAUUUUUAACAGAAUUACACAGAACUCUUCAGGAUUGAGCUCAGAGCACAGGGCCGACAUACAGAGAGGGAGGGAUGUGAGGCCAGCUUGUUCCACCACCUGUGACGAUAUCUUAAAUCAGUGGUGGGUCAGACGGAGUGGCCAAGUCUUACACAUGACAUGGUUAUGGCCAUAUCUCCUAGAAACGCUCAAGGAACUCAACAUCUUUUUGUUUAGCCAGCAGAAAAGAGAUUUAUCAGGUCUUCGUUAUUACGAUUUCUCAGUCCAUGUCAUCACUUUCUCUGAGAACCAUGCCUCAGGUUCCUUGUCUGAGAUGUAGAGCAACUUCACACCGCUACAUCAGUACCAAGGCCCUAUUGGCUGAGGGUGAGGAGACGCCCUUCACCAAGCACUGUCGCAACUAUGAGAACAAGUAUCAGGUUCUACAGACCGAUAUUCAAAAGCUGAAGGAUCAGAUGCAGGAGCUACAUAGAGACCUGACCAAGCACCACUCACUCAUCAAUACAGACUCCACGAAGGAGAUCCUGGAGAGAUCUGUACACAUUGAUGAGCAGAUUGAAGCACUGUAUUCUGCCAUGCAGAAUUUGAGGACAAUGUUUGAGGAGGCCUGGGAGGAGACGUUUCAGAGAGUCACUAAUGAGCAGGAGAUCUACGAAGCGCAGCUCCAUGAUCUUCUUCAGCUAAAGCAAGAAAACUCCUAUUUGAUGACAAUUGCGCGACAUAUUGGACCGUACAUAUUGUCUAUAGCAAAAGUCAGGGAGCGCCUUGAUCCCAGGUUCCAGGAGCCAAAAGAACCUGAAGAUGGCUGCAGUGAGAUCAUGCUGAAGAUCUAUGAAGAUAGUACAGUAACCCAUGAACCACAGCACAGAGAGCCCUUUCACAGCCUACAGUCGGGUUUCACACAGAAAUAAGAAAGCAGGAACCCUUCAGCGUGAGCCACUAAAGAACUCAGACCACUGCUGGCAAAGCAAACACAGAAAUAUUUCAGAGACACCGCUGUGCAAAGAGCCACCAUUCGAAACAAAGCGUCUUCAAUCAACAAGGUAAAGGACCUUCAUCGUAACCCCAUCCGGUACGAAGUCCAAAACAAAUGCAAUAAUGUGAACUAAAUAUUUAAGGUUUCUACUGGAUGACUUUCAGGAAAUAUGGAAACUGCAAGAAAGUUAGCGCAAACUGUAGAGUGAAUUUUAUUGUUCGGUAAAGUAUUAGCGUACACUGCUGGAGGUGUACUGUUGUAUCAUUUACUGAAACACAAAAUUUACAGACCUUUAGUGUAUAAUUACAUUACUUACUAUAAUACAUAUAGUACAACUGAAGUGACUUAAUUUACUGUAAAGGUUACAGUACAAUCAUAUACACUGCAUGUUAAAUACACUUAUGAAUGACUGAAAAUUUCUUCCUGUUUGAUUUGAGUCACAAA